AUGACCAAACCCAGCAGGCUGCCGCUAUACGAAAAAGUUGGAGUUCAAAGACCAAUACAGAGAUUACUGGAUGUUACCAUCUUCUUCCUCCUCAUUUCACUGCUCGUUUAUCGCCUCCUCUUCCUUCGUAACCAUGGCUUCACUUACCUCCAUUCUAUUGCCUUCCUCUGCGAGUUUUGGUUCACUUUCACUUGGGCUCUUCUCAUCAAUGUCACAUGGAAUCCCGUCAAUUACAUUACCUAUCCCCAACACCUCCUCAAACGAGUCGAGGAGCUUCCUCCGGUUGAUGUAUUCGUUACGACGGCGGAUCCACUGCUGGAGCCGCCGUUAAUCACCGUUAACACGGUUCUUUCUUUGUUAGCCGUCGAUUAUCCGGCCAAUAGAUUGGCUGUUUAUGUCUCUGACGAUGCCUGUUCUCCAAUCACUUUCUAUUCCCUUACUGAAGCCCUUAAGUUUGCUAAAAUUUGGGUUCCGUUUUGCAAAGAGUAUCAGGUUGAAGUUAGAGCUCCGUUUAGGUAUUUUUCUAAUGAUUUAAGCUCUGAUGGAUCUGAGGAAUUCCAGUGCGAGUGGAGGAGACUGAAGGAUGAGUACGAGAAGCUACGGCAAAACAUCGAGGAAGCAGCCAAAAAUUUUGUGUUUCCACAGCUUACAAGCGAGUUUGAAGAUUUCUCCAACACGGAAUCGAAUAAUCAUCCUCCUAUAAUCAAGAUAAUUUGGGAGAACAAGGAAGGCCUUUGGGAUGGAUUGCCUCAUUUGGUUUAUGUCUCAAGAGAGAAGAGACCUCAACAUCCACAUCAUUACAAAGCUGGUGCAAUGAAUGUUUUGGCUAGAGUUUCUGGAUUGAUGACCAACGCGCCUUAUAUGUUGAAUGUAGAUUGUGACAUGUUUGUCAAUAAUCCUUCUGUUCUUUUACAAGGAAUGUGUCUCUUUCUAGACCCAACUAUUGAUAAAGAGUAUGCAUUUGUUCAAUUUCCCCAACGAUUUUACAAUGGACUUAAAGAUGAUCCAUAUGGGAACCAAUGGAUUGUCAUGAUGGAGUUUACUUUUCGUGGAAUGGCAGGGAUACAAGGGCCUGGUUAUAUGGGAACAGGAUGUAUCCAUAGACGAAAAGUUUUAUAUGGUCAAUCCCCAGAUGGUGCAAAUAUUAGUGGAAAACAUUAUGACAAUGAAUUGCAUAAAACAUUUGGAAAUUCGAAAGAUUUCGUAAACUCAGCAGCUCAUGCUCUGAGAGGCCUUACUGAUUAUCCAAAUAGCCUAUCCAAUUCUAUCGUAUCAUUGAAGGAAGUUGCCACCUCUGACUAUGAAAUCACUUCUUGUUGGGGUACCAAGGUGGGUUGGCUAUAUGGAUCCUUAUUGGAGGAUGUAUUGACUGGAUCGGAGAUCCAUAAAAAGGGAUGGAAAUCUGCCUAUCUUACACCAACUCCACCAGCCUUCCUAGGAUGUGCCCCCUCAGGUGGUCCAAUUCCAUUAAACCAUCAAAAGAGAGCAAUGACAGGACUACUAGAAAUUUUAUUCAGCAAAAAAUGCCCCAUUUUCAGUGAUCUUUUUGGUAAACUCCAAUUCAGGCAGCGUAUGGUCUCUGUGUGGAUCUCUCUUUGGGGGAUUCGUUCUAUUCCAGAGAUUUGUUAUGCUACUCUCCCAGCAUUCUGUUUGAUUGCCAACACCCAUUUCUUGCCCAAGAUACAAGAACCAGUAAUCUGCAUCCCUUUGCUGCUCUUUGUGUUUUACAAUCUACAGCAGCUGUUACAAUAUUUGGAAACAGGCCAAUCAGCAAGAGCAUGGUGGAAUAACGAGAGAAUGGCGAGGAUAAACACAAUCUGUGCUUCCUUGCUUGGGACAGUGGCAGUAGUUCUCAAGCUAUUAGGACUGUCGGAGACUGUGUUUGAAGUAACAAAAAAGGAAUCGUCUUCUUCGAGUGACGACACGGAGAGUAGCAGUGAUGAAGAUUUGGGUCGUUUCACAUUUGAUGAGUCUCCGUUGUUUGUACCAGGCACUACCAUUUUGAUUAUUCAACUGGCAGCACUUUCAGUAGCUUUCUUAAGGACAAGACAGCCAAUUGUGGUAGGGUUUGGGAUUGGGGAGGUGAUAUGCAGUGUGUGGCUGAUUUUGUGCUUUUGGUCAUUUUUGAAGGGGCUGUUUUCGAAGGGAAAAUAUGGGCUUCCAUGGUCCACCUUGUGGAAAUCCAGUGCUUUGGCAUUCUUGUUUGUAUGCUUGUGUAUUAUGUCUACAAAGUGAUAAAUAAAUGAGUUGACUAAUUACUCAGUAAUUACAUGUAUUCAAGCUACAAGUGGUGGAGGUAUUUUGAAAUCAUAUGGAGGUAUUAUAUUUAAUUAGGUUGAUUUUAUUGUG